AUCCAAACCCCAUUGUAGCUCUAACAAUGUGUUCCAUUAGGCUUCCCAUCAACCCUGUACCCGCUGAAGGAAAGCAUCCCCACAGGAUGACGCUGCCACUACUGUGGUGGUAAUGUUAUUUUUCUGCGAAAAAAAACUCUAAAUAGAAUUCAGUAUUUAUAUUAGUUCUUCUUUUUCCUUCCACUUCGCAACUGGGCGCUACUUUGUGUUGAUCUAUCACAGUUUGUGGUUGUAACUUGACGGGGAAAAGUUCAACGGUAUGGAUACUUUUGCAAGGAAAUGUUAAAUAAAUAUAAAUCUCCGUACAAUGUUGCCAAUGAGUUUAGUUUUACUGUAAAACCAGCGAUUACAGAGGAGGGUGGGAACCAGGUGUUCUUAAGGACAAAGCUCCGCCCACAUUUACCUUAAAUGUCCAUGACUCAGAAAUAUGAUUGGUUGAAGAGUGGUUGCGGCUGCUUGUGCGGUGAGACAUGGCGGAGUUUGUAGUCACAGACAGGGCUGUUGGGUAGUUUUCAGUUUCCAAAAUGCUGAAAGAACUCAACUCUGGCUUGAUUUCCCUUCGUAACACGCCGGAGUCCAGCUUGAAGUAGCAGGGAGGUUUAUUUAUUUAUUUUUCUUUCGAGAAGGACGGAGCGGCGGGCGUCGGGGGCGAACAAAAUGUGUUGUCAUCUUUGCUCAGUCAACAGCCUCAGGCAACAAAUAUGGCUUCUUCUUGUGUAUCCUUUAUUUCGGGUUGAAAGCCGUCCCGAGUGGGUCAAGCGGGACAGUUUUCAGUAGCUUGUUCAAAGUGAGGUCGACUAACACGGAGAGAGACUUCGAAGCGGGGAGGAGGAGGAGGAGGAGUGGGAAGGAAGAUGGAGCUCCGGCAUAAAGAGUUACUGGAGAAAUGCUACCAGAACUUGGUGGAGUCCAUAACAGACGCGGACCGAGUUGUGGACGUUUUGGCCCGCUGUGGGGCCCUCACUCAGACGGAGCUGCUGGAGCUGGGACACCACUGCGUCUCCGGUUCUGAGAAAGUGGACCUUCUUCUGAAGAUACUGCUGAGCAAGGACAGGGACUGCUUCGCGGAGUUCUGCACGGCUCUGGAGGCGACCCACCCUCACCUGCACUCCCUGCUGCUGGAUGGCGUCGGACCAGUGGAUCACACUACUGGGUCCACUUACAGCGUUCUGUCCACCAUGCCGUCAGACUCGGAGAGCAGCAGCUCGCUCAGCAGCUUGGGUGAGUGUGGCACCCCUGGUAACUCUGGUCAAGCCUCUUCCCCUCUGCCUGCCCACGUCGACAUCCAUCAGGCAAAUGAGAAGAUGGAGAAGGUGCUGUUCCAGCUGGGACAAGUGACUCAUGAGAGGGACGAACUGCUCAAACGUGUGGCCCUCCCUUUGCCUGGAAACGCUUUUGACGAAUGCAGACUAAACUCAAGAUCAGGUCAUGACUAUGAGCGUCUAAAGCUGCAGUGCAUGAAAGCAAUGGCGGACCUGCAGUCCCUGCAGAAUCAGCACAGCACCACCCUGAAGAGGUGCGAGGAGGCUGUGAAGAAGGCAGACUUUUAUCGACGUCUAGCAAGUGACCACAACCAGCUAAAAGAAGAGCUUGAGGCCGUGAGGCAACACAACAUCCAGCUGGUUAGAGAGCACAACCAUGUCAAGCAGACCUGCGAGGAGCUCAGGAGGCUGCAUGAGGAAGACCAGAGGGAGGUGGCUGAUAUGAGGAUGCUGCACCAGCAGGUGAUGAGAGAAGGAUCAUCUGAUGUUCUCAAUAAACUGUAUGAAACAGCUGUGGAUAAAUUGGAGGCAAUAAAGAGCGACUACGAAGCUCUGAGGAAGCGCUACAGUGAGAAGACAGUCAGUCACAAUGCAGACUUGAGCCGUUUGGACCAAUUUGAGGAGGAGAAUCACCGACUGCAAAAGACCCUGGACAUACUGUCGAAACAGAGGGAUGCUGCCAUCCACUAUCAGCAGCAGAUCUCUACGUCUGUUCAAAGGUUUGACAACACUCAGCAUGAGCUCUCCAAGGCCACAGUGCAGAAUUUGGAGCUACAGCGGGAGCUAGAGCGGCUGGAGUCGGAGACGACCAGACUUAAGACCCAGCAGCUGAAGGCCGUGAAAGACUGCGAAAAGUACAAGGAGGAGCGGGACUCUGUGAUCAGCGAGUACCGCCUGAUCAUGAGCGAGAGGGACCAGGUGAUCAAAGAGGUGGACAGGCUCCAGACGGGGCUGGAGGUGGCGGAGGCAAAGCUCAAGAACAAUUCCUCAGAGAGACAGGUGGCCAACGAGGAGUUGGAGGCUUUACAACAAGAACUGGGUUCUGCGCUGGUGGACAGGGACCGAGCUAUCUGUGAAAAGAACGAGCUGCUGGAGAAAUACUGCCAUGAGGUAAAGGACAAGACGGAGGCCCAGAAGGAGCUGAACCAGGCCUGCAAGGACAUCGAGACGGUGCGUGAGGAAAGGGAUGUGGCCCGCAAGGAGAGAACAGAAGCCAUCAUACAAAGGGACCAGCUGCUGCGAGAGUAUUACCAGGCCAGACAGAAACAAGACUCUGCCACUCUGGACAUGGAGCGGACCAACAAAGAGAUCGAGAUUCUCAGGAAGCAGUACGAGGCCAUUUCUCAGGAGCUGAAAGAGGCUCUGCAAGAGGCAGAGGUUGCUAAAUGUCGACGAGACUGGGCCUUCCAGGAGAGGGACAAGAUCGUGGCAGAGAGGGAGAGCAUCCGGACGUUGUGUGACAAUCUGAGACGAGAAAGAGACAGGGCAGUAAGCGAUCUGGCUGAUGCUCUGAGGAAUCUAGAUGAUACAAGGAAGCAGAAGAAUGAUGCUGCGCGUGAACUCAAAGAACUAAAAGAAAAAUUGGACGAUCGGUUAGAGACAGAAGCCAGAUAUUGCCAACUAAUGGCUCAUAGUUCACAUGACUCAGCCAUAGAUACAGACUCCAUAGAGUGGGAAACAGAAGUUGUAGAGCUGGAAAAGCACAGAGAUAUGGAUUUGAAAGCGCUUGGUUUUGAUAUUGCUGAAUGUGUAAAUGAUCCAUAUUUACCAGGAGAUAGUGGGAUAUUUGUGUCCAAGGUGGACAAAGGAGGUAUUGCAGAAGGAAGAUUAAGGGUGAACGACUGGUUGUUGAAAAUUAACGAUGUGGAUCUGACCAAUAAGGACAGAAAGCAGGUGAUCAAAGCUGUGUUGAGCAGGGAGGGAGUGGUUAAUAUGGUGGUUCGAAGGAGGAAGUCACUUGGAGGACGGAUCAUCACUCCAGUCCAGAUUAACCUGGCUGGACACAAAGACUGUGGAAUCGGUUUGGAGAGUGGAGUGUUUGUUGCCACUUUGGCUGCAAGAAGUCCUGCGUCCAGAGACUGUAAUCUUGCUGUUGGUGACAGACUAUUGGCUAUCAAUGGAAUUGAACUUCAUGGCAGGUCUCUUUCUGAAUGUGAGUCUCUGCUGAGGACCUGUGGCAACUCUCUCAGCAUCUCCCUCAUGAAGUUCCUUCCACAGAGCUCUUCUGGACAGAAUUUAUUUGAAGCUUUAAGAGACUCGGAAAAGAACAUGCGCCUCCAAUCCAGUGAGCUCGUCCCCAGGGCCUGCAGGAACUCCAAGCACAAUUGCUCAACUCAAACUGACAUUUGCAGCUGCAAGUCAGGCAGCAGAGAGGAGGAAGUAUGUAUGGGUACAUGCGAUUCCCUAGAAAAAAGCAGAAACGGCAGCGAUCAUACCCAUCACAAAUCCUUCUCUGACUGCUUCCAGCAUUCCUGCUCUCUUUCCAUCUCCCACAGUCAGUCAGAGCCUCAUCCAGUGCUCAGCUACCAGAGGCAGGACCUCAAUCCUCGUUCCCUUACCUUCAUCCCUUUGGUAUCUAACUGCAGCCCUGCUCAGCCGUCUGCGGACGGAGGGCAAAGCCCACCAACGAAGGCCGUUGGAGGAACAUGGCCUAAAGUUAUAGUCGGGACUUCUGUCACUGAGUGCACUCAGCUGUCUAUCUUCAAAAAACCCAAACAGAGGAAGUCCAUCUUUGAUGUAAAUGCUUUCAGGAGGCCAGAGACAACUCCUAAACUGGACUACAUGUCUCUGUCUCAAAUGUUCAAGCAUUCACCACAGAGUUCUGUAUCUGAAACGUCUCAGACGCCUCCCAUUCCACCGACAAGGAGCGACUCCUUUAGAUUUAAGCAUCGGCAGCAGAAUAGCUCUGCAUCUGAUUCCACCAUCACCACUAGCACGCCGCCGUCCUCCAUGGCCCUAGCUGCAAGCCCCCAGGAUGAAGGGUUUGAGGGAAGCCAGGAAUAUUAUACCAACAUGCCUGCAGGAAAAAACAAAAGGAACCUAAAGAAGUCUAGAGAGAAGGAGGAGAGCCGACGCAGAGCAGAAGUGCAGGAAAAGAGGAGGUACAGGCCAAAAUCAGCACCAGCUCUACGGCGGAACGUGACCCCAUUACACAUUCCUGUUCCCAUGCAGGCUCAGGCUUUCUCUAAUGAUGAACACUCCCCAGAGCCAGUGGACUUGUUACGCUUCUCUCCUUUGAGGACUAAUAGGUACAGCGUGCCAUUUGCCCAACCGAGCUACAUCAGCUUGACAGCGCACCCGCCACAGCGACGUGUGACACCGUGUCCUGCAAUGACUGCUGUGAUGAGGAACCCGGUUUACACAGCGUGGAGCCAUGAGAUCCAGAACUGUACUCCAGUUCCCAAUUCAGGCCUCGAUCAACAUCCACAAAGCCCCCAGCAUCAGGGUCCUCUCAGUUUGGACCUUUGCCACAAACGCAAUGGACACUCGAGUGAGACGAACUACAGCCAGCCACCACACAGCACCAAGUCUUUGCCCUCUGGAGCCAGGCUGAGCUCUCCUGGUACUUUGCAGUUUAAGGCAGAACGCAUAAAAAUCCCUCCGGCUCGUUACUCUCGCUCCACUGGAUCUGACAAAGGCUCUCUUUCACAUUCAGAGUGCAGCAGCCCAACGCCUCCAAUGUCCCCUGUCAACCUGGACACAUCGUCUUUCUCCAGCAGCCAAUCGCAGAACUCAGUUUCUUCCCAUCCCAGGAUAUCCGUUAGCCCCGCUCCAGUUGGUGACAGACGGAAAGAUGGAUUUCUUUCUUCCUGCACACCUUUUGUUACACGUCCACCAGUAAAGCCUGAUUUACUCUCUUUAAGAAGCUUGAGGCCUUUUUUAGGGGAGCCACGCAAUGUGACAGUACAAAAAGGAGCAGAACCACUUGGGAUCUCUAUAGUGAGUGGAGAAAACGGAGGGGUAUUCGUCUCCAAAGUAACGCCAGGGAGCAUCGCUCAUCAGGCCCGUUUAGAGUACGGAGACCAGCUGCUGGAGUUUAAUGGAAUCAACCUGCGUAAUGCCAACGAGCAGCAAGCCCGGCUGGUGAUCGGACAACAGUGUGAAACAGUCACCAUUUUGGCUCAAUAUAAUCCUCACAUGUUUCAGUUGGGGAAUCACUCUCGAUCAGGUUCUCAAAUGGAGUCUGCCAGCAAACAUCUGACUCCCGGUGUACCUACCAGCCCAGACAGUCACUCCAUCGUUGACACACAGAGUGAACAGGACGAGGGCACAAUGACGCCUCCAUCCAGGCAGACAACUCCUGCCACAAGUCCACACAACUCUAUCAGGCUUCCGGGCUCACUUUUACUGCGGGCUGCAGAUCCUCGCCUGGUGAGGAAGAAGAAGAUUGAUGCAGAACUGGGUGUUCAGAUCUGUGGGGGAAACAUUUGUGGCAUCUUUGUGGAAAUGCUGGAUGAUGAAAGCCCAGCAAAGAGUCCUGAUGGUUUGCUACCUGGAGACCUAAUACUGGAGUACAAUGGCGUCAGCAUGAAGAAUAAAACCAAAGAAGAUGCUUACCUUGAAAUGUUAAAACCGGCUGAAACAUUCAUGUUCAAGGUCCAGAACUGUGUGGACAGCCUUGCUGAAAUCAAAGAAUCUCAAGGGGAUGGGUUUUUCAUCAGAGCGCUUUAUGAGCGGGGUGCUGAAGCAGAGCAGGAGCUUAGCUUUAAGAAAGAUGACAUCCUGUAUGUUGAAGACACCCUACCUAAUGGUAACUUUGGCUUCUGGAUGGCCUGGCAGCUUGAUGAGAAUGCACAGAGGCUGGAGAAGGGUCAGAUCCCAAGCAAAUACAUGAUGGAUCAGGAGUUUUACAGAAGAAACGGCAUGGCUGAUAUGAAAGAUGAGAACGGAACCAGCAAGUCCUUGUCUGCUGCUGCUCGGAGGUCGUUCUUCCGUCGGAGGCUGAAGCACAAACGUAGCGGGUCUAAGGAUGGGAAGGACCUGAUGGCUCUCGACAACAUAAGCACAGAUUCUUUACCCAUCCCAGAAGAUGGAAUGAGCCUGAUGUACCAGCGGGUUCAGAAGGUGGACUGCUCGUCCCCCAGACCGGUGCUGAUCUUGGGUCCGUUAGCAGAGGCCUGUAAAGACCUACUGGUGAAAGAGGCUCCUGCCAACUUCUGUCGCUGCCUCCCUGAAAUCAUGAAGGCAUCUCAGCAGGCAAUAGAGCGAGGAGUGAAGGACUGUGUGUUCAUUGAUUACAAACGGAGGAGCGGCCAUUUUGACGUGACAACUGUUGCAUCAAUAAAGGAGAUCAUAGAGAAGGACUGUCACUGUUUACUUGACAUUGCUCCUUACGCCAUCGAACGUCUUCACAGCGUUCACAUCUACCCAAUCGUCAUAUUCAUUCGCUACAAAAAUGCCAAGCAGAUAAAGGAGCAGAAGGAUCCUCUCUACCUGCGGGAUAAACUCUCUCAGAAACAUUCCAAGGAACAGUUUGAGGCGGCACAAAAAAUUGAGCAGGAGUACAGCCGGUUCUUCACAGGCGUUGUCCGAGGAGGCAGCGUCUCGUCCAUUAGCACUCAGAUCAUGACCAUCGUGGAGCGCGAGCAGAAUAAAGUCCUCUGGAUUCCAGAAGGAGCACCAUAGAAAUUUCAUCGCACUACAUCCCACUCUCACACUUGUUAUGUAGCAUUAUUUUUAUUUUGUUUUAUCGUAGGGUACAUAAUAACUCAGACACUUCAAUUAACAUCUAAGGCUUACUCGCUUUUACGAACAUCAGCACUGAUGAUGAUAAUAAUGCAAUAUUCCCACUACAUACGUGAUUUACUGAGCAGCAGCUAGAUUUGUUUACACUAGUAUUUGAUACUUGAAUGUUCUAUUCUCCCUCAGAUGUGGUAGUACUCCUUAAAUUCAUUUUUGUUGCCAUAAACAUGUUGGACAACAAUGAAGACAUAUUCCUGAAAUGAUGGAUUAGACUACAAUGUUCCCUUCCUUCUCUAUAUUUAUAUGCAUUUUCCUCUCAUGUAAUUUAUCUAAACAUUUUUUUCUAAUCAUUAGGAAGAAUAUUUUUUCAUUUAAUGUUCUUAUUUAUAGAGGAGAAAAUUGUUCUUUGUUUUUUGUUUUGUGGUAUGAAGGUUCCAUUUUUAUUCCAGUUCUCAUAAAUAACAUUGUGCCAACUCCAGUUUUGUUUGUCUUGUUAAAAUCAUGCGGCAGUUUUCUAGUUUCAACAUUUGUCCCUGGUUGUCUUUCCAAUUCUGCCAAUAUAGUUUUUCUUUGUCAAAUGAAAUAUAAAGAAGGGAGUAUUUUUAUUUGAAAUUUGUGGAUGGUUGUCAAAUAAACAUGUUCACAGAUACCUUGUGAUUCAUGCUAGCACAUUUUAUCUUAGCUAAAACACUUGAGAUAAGUUGAAGGUUAAUAUUUCCUUAAAAAUAUUAAAAACAAAUUAUAGUUGAUAAA